GUCAAGCGAGAAAAGCAACAAACCGAAGGGUUUCAGUUCUAAUGUUACUGAUUAAAAAAAGAUGACAGAGUUGCAUCAGGCAGCAGCUUCUGGAGAUUAUGAUCUAGUGGAAGAAAUUGUGGAAAAAAAAUCGUGUGACCCUAAUCAGAGAGACUUAGACUGGAACAAGAAGACCCCGUUGCAUUGGGCAGCAUCCAAAGGCCAAACAGAGAUGGUUCGGAUAUUAAUUGAAAAUGGAGCCAGGGCUUGUUUGAGGACGGAUAAUGGAUGGACACCCGCACAUUUUGCAGCAGAGUCCGGAAAACUAGCAGUACUUCGACUCCUUCAUUCUCUACAUGCACCUGUAGACAAAGAGGAUUCCUCCGGCGAUAAACCUGUCAGGAUUGCUGAAAUCUAUGGACAGGAAGAUUGUGUUCAUUUUCUUAAAAAGGCAGAGAUUGAGAGCAGAAACUACAGGCAAAUGGCAAAGAUAAAUGGGCUGCCCUUAGACGAUACUGAUGAAGAAUGGGAACAGGAGAGAAAAGAAGCCAAAAAACAAGUCAUUAAAAAGUAGGUUUUAUCAGGACAUGAUAGCAAAAUACAAACUAAUGGAUGCUUAUUGGCAACAUCUGCAAUUUUUGUUGCAUGUCUAACUGAAAUGAAUAUAGUACAGAUAGUAAAAUAUAAAACAAAGCUUGGUGGACAAACAGAAUUAAUAUUCAUGACUGUCAAUAAUUAAGAGUAAUACCAAGUAGGCUAUAUAUCGACAUACAAGCAUAAAUAUACAUACAUUAAUCUACAUAAAACUGAAUAAACCAUUUAAGAAAAACAAAUUACUCAUUCACCUAUUUCAUGCCAAAAUUCAU